AACACUCAAUCUGAAAAGCCCUGAAUGUUAUUAAGCUCUAAAUUUGUAAUUUUCUGCCACAGGAAGUUUAUUCUGAUGCUCCAUUUUUAUCUUAUUUUUCCGAAUCCACACAGCGUAGUAGAAAGCGCGCAGAUGUUGAAAGGAAUUCAGCCAACCGGAAGCCGUGUUACAAUAGUGGCCGCCGCCAUUUUGGUUCACGGGGAGAGGACCGUGCAAUGAAAACAUCCAGCGCAGGUUGAUGAUAAAAACAGAGCUUCCGUAACAUUUGCAAAACAUAUGUGAUAUUUACGAUAGUUCAGGGGGUCUGCAGGCAGGUAUGGUUAAAUAAAGACAGUGGAGAGGAGCAAGAAGACAUGGCUGCAGCUAGAGAUGAGAAAUUUACAGGAACUGCAGGCAGACAGUCAGAGAAGGAGAAUGCUAUGAGCAGCACGACGCUGUGGGCAGGUCCAAGGACGGUGGCAGUGCCGCGGACGGAGAGUGGAUUUGGCUUCACGCUGCGCCAUUUUAUUGUCUACCCCCCAGAGUCUGCUGUCAAAGAACUGAAGGGCAGUGAAAAUGGGGGAGACACGGCUGUUGAAGAUCACAAACGCAAGCGGACCAAGCUGAGCUCACUUGAGCCGAUGGACACAAUAUUUGUGAAACACGUGAAAGCGGGUGGACCAGCACAGUUGGCGGGACUCAACCAAGGUGACCGUAUUGUCUCUGUCAACGGGGAGUCUGUCACUGGGAAAACUUACUCACAAGUUAUAGCAUUAAUACAAGCAAGAUCAUCAGUUCUCCUAAUACAAGAUGAGCCACUGCUGGCAAGGAUGUCUGCUACCAUUACAGCAGGAGUUAUGGGACAUUAA